AUGAGCGUCCUGCUGCCCAAUAUGGCGGACUUCGACACGAUCUACGAGCUGGAGGAGGAGGACGAGGAGGAGCAGGAUGAGCCCGAGCCCGUGGUGCGGAGCCAGGAGCUGCCCCGGCCCCGCGACGCGCCCGAUCCCGUAGCGGUACGGGGCGCCGGGCACAUCACCGUGUUUGGCUUGAGCAACAAGUUUGAUACAGAAUUUCCUUCUGUUCUGACAGGGAAGGUGGCCCCUGAGGAAUUCAAGACCAGCAUCAGCCGAGUGAACGCCUGCCUGAGGAAGAACCUCCCUGUCAAUGUGAAGUGGCUGCUCUGUGGCUGCCUGUGCUGCUGCUGCACCCUGGGCUGCAGCCUCUGGCCUGUGGUCUGUCUUAACAAAAGAACUAGAAGAUCAAUUCAGAAGUUAUUAGAAUGGGAAAAUAACAGACUAUAUCAUAAGCUUGGUUUGCACUGGAAGCUGAGUAAAAGGAAAUGUGAAACUAGCAAUAUGAUGGAAUAUGUAAUAUUAAUAGAGUUCUUACCAAAAUACCCCAUAUUUCGACCUGACUGAGGAACAACAUUGGUCUUUCAUGUUACCUGUCAUUUUCUACCCUUAGUGCCUUGUAGAUGAUUUUGGAAAGAAGAUGGUCUACUUUGCUGUGACUUAAAAAUGUUCUUCAGUAGAACUCUUCCUUGCUGUUACUUUCUUUUGUUAAGAAGAGAACAAUUUGCACAUUUUUUUAUGUUAAACGAGGCUUCUAUGUUGCACUCUGAAUUUUUAACAUUACCAAUAACUGAUAGAGUUGCCACUAGGGAUCUUAACAUCAGUGCUGCUUAAACUUGUUCUGAGCAUGCUGCCUUAUUAAUUUCUCUCUUUGCUGUCCUCCAAUGUGCAUCCUAAAGCUGUGUCAUCCUAUAUUUCAUCCUAAGUGUUGCAAUCCUAGAAACCCUCAGUAGGAAUGUCCAGGUAAACUCCAGUAGUAAUGAUUUUAGUAGAACCUGCUUGCAUAGGACUUGCAUUCAACAGCACUGGUUUUGUCCUGCACUUUGCAAAAUCAUCAUUUACAUUUAGGGGGUUCUUUAGUUUACCCACUAUGGAUUUGUAAAUAUUGACUCUUUGCAUAAUGUAAAGUGUGGUAUGCCAAGGUUUACAGAAUGUAUUAUAGCUCUUAUUCUAUUGCCAACAUCCCCAGCAUCUGUUCCACGUGCUCGUUCCCCUGGGAUUGUACAGCCCCACCCACACUGCUUUUAUGGGAAAGCCAUAAAGAGUUUGUACAUAUGUCAGAUGUGUAGGGCUCAGUUGCACUUUGUUUAGUAAAUGGAUGAAAAAUGCAUAGCAUUUCUGUCUUUAUUUUGAAAAGUAUUUCAGCUGGUGUUUGCAGCACCUGAAAUACAAAGCUGAAAUCUUCACCUCUGCAGAAGCUGCAUUUGUGGGGUAGAUGGCAGCUGUUGUUAACAAAAUACCCUAAAGUCUCUUUUGAAGCGAGGAAUAUAUGGAUGUUAAGUUCUAUUUUGUUUUGAAGUCAGGAAAAAUUAGCCUCAAAUCGGGGAUCUUUGUUCCAGAAGAGAAAAAUCAGAAACAGCCAAAUCCAAGCUGAAGCAGCACCUUUGUUACUGGGGUGGUUGCACUUCAGCAUUUUCACAGUUUAGUGACAUGAAGUCCCUUCCAGUGGAAAGAGGUUUUAUCUCAGUCAAAGUGGAGAUUCCAAACAUGCUGAGGGGAGCAAGUGCAGCAGUUGAAGGGGCUUCUGAAUAUGUUUUGGCAGUCAGGCACUGUCUGGAGAGCCAGGAGAGCCUUGUGGAAUUCAGUAUUAUUUUGGAUUCUUCCCUGUUUGCCUGAUCUCAGGAAGGGAAGUCAUUGUAGAAAAACUUCCUCUAAUGGCUGAUCUAAGCAAGAGCACUUGAUAAAAGAAAGCAAAUGGAAAUUGUUGCAAGUUCCUUGCCUUUCCUAACUAGAAAUAACAAAGCCCAGCAGAUAACUGAGAAUCUGCAAGUUGUGGUGGAUUUCAUUAUCAGUGUCCAGGCAUUUCUUUGCAGCAUCUUGACUCCCUGCAACAUCAUCCCAAGUUGCUUUUUAGUUUCAGGGUGACUUGGGGUUUCCUCUGAAUGUAUUUGCAUCUCUCCAGUUUGCAAUAUGCUAUUAAAAUACAGUAUUUGUCAGACCAUUACAUCCUAAUACCUGUAGUAGGUCAGAUUCCUUGUACACAGUGUUUACAGAAGGCCAGUUUUAUGCAAGUUGUUACUCAAAGGGAAGUUUGUGCUCUUUCCUGUCCCAGACUGAUGGUUCAGAGUUUGAAAUCUGCACAUUUCAUGCAGAAACUUUGUUUGACUGGUAGAUUGGUGACAACUAAAUGUGUAAUUGCAUUUCUAACAUGAAUAAAAACCUCCUGUGUUGUUUGAAAUUAUCAUUAGCUACACCUUGCAACUGAGAUUUCCAUUGCAGAACCAAGCAAAGUGUUGUCUCCAAUUUAUUUCUGUUUUUUGGGGAUGAGUGUUAACUGGAAGCAGAGAAAAUAAUGGCAGAAAAGGCAGAGUAAACCAAAACUGAAAUGGCACACUCAGUUCUUUCUUUGGAUUUCACUGACAAAUGAGUUUCUGGAGUAAUUAACAGAAUA